GAAGAUGCUACAAAGAUGCAGAAGUCCUUUAACCAUGUUAAAGUGUGUUGUGCGGGUCCGCCAGCAGAGGGCAGCAGAGACCUUCAGAUACAUCCCGCCCGCCGUAUUUACAAACCAGAAGAAGAAGAAGAACAGGAAACGUCAGCACACUCUUCAGAAAUGGCGACAGGAGUGGAUCAAGCAGUGGGCAUGAGUCUAGUGGUCUUCAGCCUUGUGCUGUUUACAUAUUACUCUGUGUGGGUCAUCGUCCUGCCUUUCGUGGACAGCGGUCAUGUGCUGCACCAAUACUUCCUUCCUCGGGAGUAUUCAGUCAUUCUGCCGGGCAUCGCAGCAGUAAUACUGCUCCUCUGUAUAGGGGCCUUCACUGCAGUUAUUAUGUGGAAGAGUCGCAAACCAAAGAAAGUGGACUAAUCUCAGGACGUUAGCAUGACUGUCGUUGAAUAAAUAAUGUGAAAACUCCCUCGACCAAUCACACCUUCAGUCUCUAAAAAACUCCCCCUGAAAGGUUUCUAUUUACUAGGUUCAUUCUGUUGUAAAGAAGAGAUUUAUUUUACAUCUAGUUUCUACUAUUUGGUCAGUUUGUUAUAGAAAAGAAAUCUGUUUUAAAAACCA